UCAAUAGUUGAUAAUCACUCAGUGCGUAAAGUUGCAAAUAAUUCAAAAAAAAAUGAAAUUUUUGGUUUUUAUUGCUUUUUUGCCUUUAAUUAUUUCAAUUGAAGAAUCAACAAAACAUCCAUUUGAACAUCUCGGUAGUUAUCAACAGUCGGAUGAUGUAUCCAAAGAAUAUUUUUACUCAGGAAAUAUCCACGCAACAUGGCUGAAAGCAGCUGAAUUAUGUGAAAUAUUUGGAAUGAAAUUAUUAACAUUUAACGAUACAAAGGAGGAUGAGAAUUUUCGUACUAAAUUCGAGUCCUUUUUUGAUGGGCGAGACUCAUUUAUCUUCAUUGGAGCCAACACAACAGAAUCGGGGACGAAAACUAAUUGGAACUGGAUGAAUGGAGAGAAAAUAAAUUUCGAUAUUAAAUGGGGUAAAAAGCAGCCAAAUGCUGAUGAAAAUAAUGAAUUUUGUUUAUGUUUCGACGAAGCUAAACCCUUAUUGUAUCAUGAUAUAUCGUGCGAUGAGAAAUGCCCAUUUGUUUGCCAUGAAGAAUGGCAUUACAAAAAGAUGAAGGUGAAGGUUAGUGGAAGUGCUUUGUAGAUGUGCAGAGAAUAUUUAUUAGAUGAUAACUUUAUCAAUGUGUUCAUAUUUUUUUUAUAAACAAAAUACAAACAAAUAAUUUAAAGUACAGAUGUAUAAAUCUACAGAUUAGUCCACGAUUUAAAUGUAAAUUGAUAGCCAAAGUA